AUGGUUUUAUCUGUGUUUUGGCAUGGUCAUAGACAUUUUAUUCUAUAUGGUGGACCAGAGUCAGGUGAAGGUUGGCAUUUAGAAGAUGGUCAUUUCUCUACAAUAAGGGAACUGAUUGAAUAUCAUAUGAAAACUCAAACUCCCGUGACAGCAAAAUCAGGAGCAUGUCUUAUUACACCAAUUUCAAGACCUGAUUGGGAACUAGACAAUCGUGAUGUACAACUGCUACAAAAAAUUGGUCAAGGUAACUUUGGUGAUGUUUACCGUGGUGUAUAUAAUGGAAAUGAAGUUGCAGUGAAAACUUGUCGUGUCGAUAUGACAGCAUCAGAUUUACGUCGGAAAUUUCUCCAAGGUGAAACAACUGCUUUAAAUUUCAAUCAUCCAAAUAUUGUCAAAUUAGUUGGUAUUGCAGUUCAAUCUUAUCCAAUUAUGAUUGUGAUGGAGUAUGUUCCAGGUGGUUCUCUUUUAAAUCAUUUACGUAAAUCAAAAAAUGCAUUACCUGUUAUGAAACUACUUCAAAUGAGUUUAGAUGCUGCUAAUGGAAUGAUGUAUUUAGAAGCGAAAAAUUGUAUUCAUCGAUUACCUGCACCUGAUUUAAUGCCAGUAUGGUUACGUACAUUAAUGAAUCAUUGUUGGCAUGAUGAACCAAUGAAUCGACCUAGUUUUAUAAAAAUUUCUAAUGAAAUUCAAAUUCCUAAUGUGAAUUCAUUUACACCAAAUUUAAAUAGAUCUAUAGAUCAUUCAAAACAUUGUCCAUUGAAUAAAUCUAUUCAUGAAAAGAAUACAUCAACUAUUUCAUCUCAAUUAUCUAUUCCUAUUAAAGAUCGAAGAACUAGAGAGGAUUAA